GAAUCGCUGGGGAGCGCGCUGCGGAAGGUCGCGGGGUCGGUGCCGGGAGGUGUAACGGGUGUGCAUACAGAGUGGCAUGCCGGGAGCAGAAAAGUGAGGCCGGCAGGGAUUGGAGGCGCGCGCUCGGUGCAAGCGGUACAGUGAGGGAGGCCAGGCUCGGCAGACAUGGCUUUCUUUCGCCCGCUGUCAUCCUCCCGAAGGAGUCACCGGUACCAGAGCUGCUGUGCGGCUGUCAGCUGCAGUCGCCUGAGAAGAAUACAAGGCAUCCUCGCCAAAAGCAGCAAGUCGACAGCAGAUGGAAUUUUGUGCAUUUUAGGAAUCGACAGCCGGUACAAUGAAGGAUGCAAAGAACUCGCCGACUAUCUGCUUUUUGACUUAUACAACCAAAGAAACACCGACUUUGAAAGAACGGGAUUUGCUGAAGAAGUUCUGGAUGAUGUCAUUAUCCUAAUCAAAUCUGACAGAGUCCAUCUGUAUUGCAAUCCUGUGAACUACGCGUAUCUCCUGCCGUACGUGGGCUGCUGGAGGAACUUACACGUCCACUGCCUGACUGAAAGCGAGUAUGAAGAUGAGGAAGCCGCUGAAGAAUUUAAGAUAGCCAGCUUUGUAAACAUGGUUCGGGACUGUGGCCGCAUUGGGAUUCCCUACAGCUCCAGAGGUCACCUGCAAAUGUUUGACAUGUUUAUCGUGGAGAAGUGGCCCAUCGUGCAGGCUUUUGCCCUGGAGGGCAUUGGCGGCGGCGGAUUCUUCACCAUGAAACACGAGUUGGUGGAUGUCAGCGAGUCGCUUUGGAAGACGUACAGCGUAAUGGACCCCGUGUCAUUAGAGGCCUUGCUUACAGAGGAUCUGGUCACAUUCGAGCAUCAAUGGACCAACUUCUUCUCCAAUUUUGAAACGGAAGUUCCUUUCAUCCUAGAGCUGUCUGAGUGCCAGGCUGGGGAGCCAUUCAGAAGUUAUUACAACCAUGGGAUGCUGUCCAGCCAUAUCUCGGAUAACAGUCCGUGUAGACAGCCCUUCGUCCUGUUCGGGACUCAUUCCACCAGAGACAACCUGAAGCCGGGCAGCCUGAUCUUUCCAUCCGAAGGCCAUCUGGUCAGAAACACCGGUUCUGGAGGAGGCACGGCCAAGCAUAUGGUGGCCCAGUGCGUGUCUCCUAAAGGUCCUUUGGCUUGCGCACGAACAUACUUUUUUGGAAGCACCCACAUUCCUUACUUAGGUAAAGACAAUGAAGCACAAAGCAAGAAUGAGCACAUUUCCGCGCUCUCCCAAAUCUACGCUGCGCUGGUUAAAGCCGUUCUCGCCGGCAUCGCAAGCUACGUCAAACAUUCAAGUUUUACAAAGGCGAAGGAAGUAGCAGAACAUAACCUCUGGUCGUUGCUAGACUCCUUCAACCUCACGCAAAUGAAGUCUGCAUUAAGGUUUAAAGUGACGUUUCAGAUUGAAGCUGUGAACAGCCUCGGAAGGAUUGUGCCGCUGGAUGAUGAGGACAGCUCGCACCUCGUUAAAACGGCUAGCAUGACCGUGUACGACGUUCCCGACCUCCACUCCGGCCGCGGGACCUUGGGAUCCGUUGUUUUUUCCGAGUCGUUUCUCAAGUCCCAAGUCUUUGUCAAAGAGAAAGAUGGAGCGGUUACGGCAGACAAUGGCUACAUCAUCCUGACCGCUGCUGUCCCGCGCUUCGCCUCCUGGCUGGUUGAAGAUAAUGAUGUGAAGCUGUCAGAGAGAGCGCUGAACACCACGAAGGGGCUCGGAUCAUUUCUUGGAAGUUUCCUGGCUGGGGGUGAUGGGGCUUACAUGUGUCCGAGCGGUCUGCAGGCUAAGCCGGAGGAAGGUAAACUCUAUUUCUUUUCGGAUGGCCUGCUGUUUCUCCUCCCUUCCCACGGGGCCGUUACCAUUUCAAAGAACCACAUGAAUGCUGUCAAGUUCUACGAUGGUGAUUCCGCCGGCACGGUUGCCGUUCUCAUCAUUGACUGUAAAAGCUCUCUGCUGCCUCACCUGCCCACCCACCUCGGCGUCCCCGGCAGCCCGCUGAUGUUCGCUAUGUUUCCAAAGUCAAAGAGUUAUCGCGGGUUCUACUCGCAGGUGUUAUCGCAGUGGCAGCAGAAGCCUGAGAGCCCCCGAGUGAUAUUGAAUGUGAUCCAAGACAAUCAGAUGUCUGAAGAACAAACCAAUAUUUAUGAGAACAUGCAGAAUCUGUACGAUGCUUUGUGCCGUCCUGCUGCAGAAAGAUGGAGUCCCCUGAAAAUUAUUUCUGCCAACCUGCCAGGACUGGAAAGUUUCUUAAAGCACCUGGCGGUUAGCAGCGUGGGGCGUGAAUCGGUGCCACGGAUUCACCUUCCUGCAGUCCUGCAGAAUUCUGACACCGCUGCAGGGAAUAAUACAGAGACUGAGAAGGUGCCGGUUAACGUUCUGAUCGGGUUGCCUGGAAGCCGCUGCAGGGAUCUUUGUGCGUUCCUUGUGUCCUUUCAGAAGGAAUAUGGCAGGUGGAUGGUGUAUCACCAGCCCGGCGACGGCUCAGACCACUUCAACCCGGCUCAUUUUCAACGCUAUCUCUCAAAUAUUCUCGAGUCUCAACGAAACCGCGGAGCGAGACAGUCCGUUUACUCCCGGAAGAAGAUGAGACUCCUUGUCGUUUUCGAGGGAUACUCGGAUGUGGCUGAUGUUGUCCAGGCGCUGCAAACUCACGCUGACCCGCAUGUCAGGGCGACGUUCGUCAUCGGAAGCAUCAGCGCUUGCGUGGAUCCUCAGAUGUGCUUCAUGGAACACAGGUUUCUUUUCCCGAAGUUUCUGGAACAUUGCUCGCAAGGGAUUGUGAGCAGCGUGGUGUUCACCAGUCUCACCGCGGAGCAGAGGCACCCGAGUCUGGUGCUGCUCCAGAAGCUGCUGCGCACCGUCAACCCCGGACUCGCCUUCAUUCUGGCCGAAAAAGGAGUUGUGUCCAGAAAUGAGGACAUUGAACUCAUUUUAUCUGAGAACAGUUUUUCAAGUCCCCAGAUGUUAAGAACACGCUAUCUAAUGUACCCUGGAUGGUAUGAUGGGACGUUUUCAGCUGGAGCCGUGUUCCCAAAGAUGGAUCGCAUCAGCGUGUGGUUCACCCGUCCCUUGGAAAAGGCCAGGUUUAUGACCCGGUGUAAAGGGAUCAAGAGCUCCAUAAAAACAUACCCUUUUCCGGGAAACAUUUACCACAUUCUCGGGCGAGUGAAAUUUUUAGACUCCGAGCAGAUGAUGGAAGUGUGCCAUAAUACUCUCACCAAUUCUCUGAGUCUGCUCCCGCUGGAGGCCGCGCCGACCCCUCCGCCGGACGCCAGGCGCGACCAGCCGGAAUCUGCGGCCCGCCAGUGUGUCCUGGUCUUCAUCGGCUGCUCCCUCAAAGAAGAAGAGGUCAAGGACUGGCUGAGGCAGUGCGCCAAACAGAAGCCCCAGAGGAAGGCUUUACGUACGAGAGGAACUCUAACGGCUCAGGAAAUCCGUGGUAUCCAUGCAAAGCAUCGCUUGGAUCCGCUUCCUGACGGCUACUUCUACAACGGAAGUCAAUUUGUCAAUUUUCUGGGGGGGAAAACAGAUUAUCACCCGUUAAUGGACCAGUUCAUAUACGACUACGUCAAUGACGCAAACAAAGAGAUCGAGAAGUACAACCGAGAUCUGGAUCAGCAGGAGUUCUAUGACAUCUUCGGCCAGAAGCUGUGAGGCAUCGCUGGUCCAAGAGCCGCCACGUUAACAGAGAAACCACCCGCCGGAAUUCCGACACCCGCCAUCUCCUCGGCUCCAUUAUCCUGGCGGAUCUUAAAAUAUGAUUUGCACAUUCCAUGCGUUCACAAUAAUUGAGAAUAGCACUAAUCUGCGCAAGUAGGACGUUGUUUUAUUAGGCUAUGCAAAGUGGGCGCAAUUAACCCCUAAAUCCCCUUCACGUGGCUGUCACUCUCUUUACCACCGGCGGUGGGUUUGCUGGCCGGCAGACGGAUCGCUCGGCAGAAUUAUUAAUUAACGCUGCUUUGGGAUCAGCGCCUCCGUACAGCUUUUACUAUCAAAGCCACAGGAUCUGUGUUUUAUCUGCUAAGCUGUAACCUUAGAUCGUACUAAUAUUUAUGUGGACUGUACGUAACAGUAUUAUUACUAUUAUUAUUAUUCUCGUAUCGCAGAUUAUAAUGCACUAAUUACCCGCGCAGCCGUAUCGUACCGGUUCCCGGGGCUGAUGGGUUCCUCGUAUGCUGCGCUAUUGUGGUAGAAACGCCGUAAUACGUUACGCAGAAUGGAAGUCCGUUAAUAAACGGAUGAUGAGCGCGUUAGCCGGUAGUUACAGGUAGGCCUGCAGUAACCUGCUACAUUUAACUAUAAACAUGCUGCACGAGAAUAAUUGUUCUGUAUUAACGGGAAGAAACUCCUGCAGCAGGUAAUAUGAGCUGUAACCAAUUGCGAGACCUUCCUGGCAUUCCGGGGUUAAUGGCAGAAAGGUCUCCCGGCCGGCUUUCUUGCACCUUGGUAGCGAGACGGCUGCCGGCAUCGAUGAGCACGUAAAAGGUGUGCUGUAAAAAAAAAAAAAUGGCUUCCCAGGCCAGGAGGUGCUUUACGGCGCGGGAAAUGCUUCGUUAGCGAAUGAGACGCGGGAGCGCCGGUUUGGGCUACAAAGGCUGGUAUUGGAGAGCCUAUCUUUAAC